CCUCCAGACGGGGAAGUAAGCAUGAUCUGCAACGCACACGUGCAGUUGGCAGUGAUGUUAGUACCUCUGCUUGUGAGGUUUUUUAGAGGGACAGCUAUUCUCGAGUCUUUCUGGAAGGAUGCAAAGUCCCUCUUCCUUAAGACAAAUGAGCAUUCUAAAAGGAUUGAGCUACCUGACCAUUUGGGCACCAAGAAACCUCUUACAUGUGAGAAUUAACUUUCCCUUUGGUUCAAGAUGUUGGAUGACCAGAUUUUCAGCAGAAAUCCUCUUCAAAUCAGUUUCUUUUAGGCUUUAUAGUGUGAAGUAUGAUAAUGAAGCUAGUGAGCCUUUAGAGAAUACUGAGCUACUGAACAACUUACUUGUUAUGGGAGUAGAUAUUGACAUGGCGAAGAAAAGACAGCCUGGAGUUUUUAAUAGGAUGGUUACCAAUGAACAGGACCUGAAGAUAUUCCUUCUGUCCAAAGGAGCAAGCAAAGAAGUGAUUGCUAGCAUCAUAUCAAGAUAUCCACGAGCCAUAACACGCACAUCUGAAAGUCUUUCAAAACGAUGGGAUCUGUGGAGAAAGAUUAUGACAUCAGACCUUCACAUUGUAAAUAUUUUGGAACGUUCUCCAGAAUCCUUUUUUCGGUCCAAUAACAACCUAAACUUAGAGAAUAAUAUAAAAUUCCUCUACUCAGUUGGAUUGACCCGCAAAUGUCUUUGUCGAUUAUUGACCAAUGCCCCGCGUACCUUCUCCAACAGCCUUGAUCUGAAUAAACAGAUGGUUGAACUUUUGCAAAAUGUCUGUUUGUCCUUGGGUCACAAUGAUCCUGCAGAUUUUGUCAGGAAGAUAAUUUUUAAAAACCCUUUCAUCUUAAUUCAGAGCACCAGACGGAUAAAAGCUAACAUUGAAUUUUUACAAUCAACUUUCAACUUGAACAGUGAGGAGCUUCUUGCUCUGAUAUGUGGUCCAGGAGCUGAACUCCUAGACCUUUCCAAUGACUCUGCCAAAAGAAAUUACACAAACAUCAAAGAGAAGCUGUUUUCUCUUGGUAGUACUGAAGAAGAGGUACAGAAGUUUGUCUUAAGCUAUCCAGAUGUGAUCUUCUUGGCAGAGAAAAAGUUUAAUGAUAAAAUAGACUGCCUCAUACAAGAAAAAAUGACCAUUUCACAAAUAAUUGAAAAUCCUCGGGUUCUAGAUUCAAGCAUAAGUACUUUAAAAAGGCGAAUCAAAGAACUUGUAGAUGCCGGCUAUAAUUUGAGUACAUCCAACAUUGCUCUCCUAUCUUGGAGUCAAAAAAGAUACGAAGCUAAAUUGAAAAAGUUGAAUGGACAGAAUGUUCUGGAGAAUUAAAAAAAUAUAUGUAUAUCUUUUAAUGUAGUGAUAUCAUUUCAUUUUGAAUUUGGCCUUUCAAAAGGAUGGGUUCUAUUUCUUAAUCACAGAUAUAUAUUAUAAUCCUUUGGACAUUUUAUUUUAUAGGUUUAACAAUUUAUUGUCAGUAUGCCCAAGUAUAGUCCUCUCAGCUACCUUUACUCUAGUUUAAGUUAAUGUAACAUCUCAUUCUGUGAUACAGGCUGUAGCUUUUGUAGGAAUGGUAGUUCCUGACAAAGUGCCUUCUGCCAAGUAAUAGAACAUAUUCAUGGGCUCGGGCAGAACAGUGUGUAGAAAGAUAGAAAGCUUCUGUGGUUUCUGUUUGGAUUAAAAUACUGACAGAUUCAUUUGGGUAGUUCUAUUUCUUCUCAUGGUUUUGAAUGUCAACCUGUUUUUAUUCCCAUGUAUCCAAUUAAUGAUUCAUCUUUAGAAUGGGAUGCCAGUAAAAAUCUAAAGGAGGGAUUUUUCAUCUCAAAUUCUAUAUUUCGUUUAAACCAUUACUGUCUUUUUUUGUUACUUUGCUUGAUUUGUUAUGGGUAUAUUUUUACUUCUUUUAAGACAAAGACAACUGGUAGGAAGAAUUAUGUUCCUCCAAAAAAGUUGACAUCUUAAUUCCCAGAGCCCAUGAAUAUGUUCUGUUACAUGGCAGAAGGGACUUUGCAGAUGUGAUUAAGGACCUUGAGAUUGAGAGAUUAUCUUGGAUUAUCUGGGUGGGCCCAAGGUAAUCAUAACGGUCCUUAAAAAUGGAAGAGAGAGGUAAAAGGGAGGUCAGAGUGAUGCAAUGUAGAAAGGACCUAAUCUGUGUUGCUGGUUUUGAAGAUAGAGUAAGGGGCCAUGAGCCAAGGAAUGCAGGCAGUCUCUAGAAGCUGGGAAAGGUAAGGAAAUGGAUUCUCACUAAAGCUUUAAGAAGGGAACAUAGACUUGAUUUUCACUCAGUGAGACCCGUGGAUCUGCAGUCUUGUAUCAUAAUAAAUUUUUGUUCUUUUAAGCCACUAAAUUUGUGAUAAUUUGUUAUUAUCAACAAAUAGAUAAGUACUGCAGCAAAAAAAUAGAUGAUUAGUUGCAUUGUAGGUAAAGAAGUUAUAAAAUUCAGUCCUUUUGAUAUUAUGUCUGUACUUCUUUUAUAAAAAUACAUUUUUCAUCUACCUAGCUUUCUAGAAUAGCUAAUAACUUAGUGUUUAUUAAGCCCUCUAAAAGUGCAGAUAAAAAACUGAAUGCAAAUAUAAACCAUAAAAUCUAAAUGAAGGAAUAGUUUUGCCUAAUCAAUGUAGUUUAAAGAAAUGAUAGAUUUUUUUGUUUCUGUAUAUUUAUAUUUUGUUGGCAUUUCAUCCCUAUAUAAAUAAAGAAUGAGCAAUUUCUGGCCACAUUGAUUUAAAAACUGACAAGUCAGAUGAUGUCUGUAUCUUGAAGACUUUCACAAUCUAGCUACUGAAGUAAACUGAAAAUGAAAGAACAAAUUAUAUGACAUUAAUUACUUUUAAUUGUUUUCCACAGGCAUUUGCUUUCCAGAUGUGGAUUUCAAAUUAAAUAACAUAAUGGUGCUUAACCUUUUAAAUCUUGUAUUCUAGCAGUGAUACCUCAAAGAAAAUGAUUCUUACACUGAUGGAAACAAAAGCCCACUUUUUCAAGGCUGUUUAUAUUUUCAGUGAUACUCAUUAUGAUGAUUUCCAGUAAACUAUUUAAUGGCAGAGAUGGCAUAGUUCAGAAAACAUGGGCUUUAAAGAGAGCUAUCUUUAGAGUGCUAUAUCUUAUAUAUACACAUAACUAUAACUGUAAAUAUUUUAAUUUCACUGAAUUUGUUUUCUUAUCUAUAAGAUUAAAAAUUUUAUUCUCCGAUAAUACAGAAUCACUGUAAACACCUGUGAGCAAUACAAAAAAGCAAAGUCCAGCUAAACUAUUUAACAUAAGGUUGAAGAAAUUUCCUACUAUUGUUAGUUCACAGAGAUUUGCUUAUAUUUUAAAGUCAGGGAUAAAUGAUUUUUUUUUAAGACAUCCUUUAAAAAAAUAUCUCUUUUAACCUAUUAAUGACUGAUACCAGAUUUCUUCAUAUCAUUCUUAUUUUAUUGAAAUAAAACCUGUGUUGGUUUUAAUAUAGUUAUAUUUAAUUUAUUAAUAUUUUACUUAGGAGUUUUCAUUAGUAUUCACAAGGCUUGUCUACAGGUCCACCUCCAUUCCCCUCCCAACCCCCCAAAUUUUACUAUGAAAGUUUUGCUAUGUAGGUUCUUGGUUUUUAUUGUGGUAGGAGGUGAUUGCUACUUUGCCAGGUUUGGUAUCAGGGUGUGUUAGCCUCAUAAAAAUAAUUUGGAAUCUUUCCAUUUUUUUUCUAUGCUUUGGAACCAUGAGAAAACUGUGGAAUUAUCAUCCUUUUAAAGUCUUGUAGAACUUGCCUGUAAAAUCAUCUAGGCCUAAGGCAGCCGUUCUCCUGAGAAUGCAGGCCACCCUGAGGUUCCAGAGAACAGAGAAUCCAGCCAUGGAGGAUGAUUUUCAGGCCUCGAAACCUAAUGAAAUGUCUUUUACUGGGUUUUGGACUUGCUUUGGACCAGUGAUCCCUUUAUUUCUUCCAUUUUCGCACUUUUGGAGUGAAAAUAUCUAUCCUAUGCCUGUCACACCAUUGUCUUUUCAAAGCAUGUAACUUGUUCUCUUAAGUCUUCACAGGUUCAAAGAGGGAGAGGAAUUUUGCUCCAGAAUGGAUCAUACCCAGAGUCUCAUCUGUACCUGAAGGAGAUGAUUUAGAGGAUGAGAUUUGGAACUUUUUGAGUUGAUGUAUGUGGACCCAGUUUGGGCUUGUUCUUGGUCAUGUUAUGGUGGGUAUGGACCCAUUAUUAAUAAGAUAUCUUCAGGAUGCUACUUCAGAUAAGGUGUGGCCCAACUAAAUCAGGUGGGGCUUCAAUCUGGAUUCCUGGAGUCCUUUAUAAGCAGAGUGAAAAUCAGGCAUAGAGAAGCCACAGGGAGCCACCAGAAGCUGGAAGUCCAGUGGAACCUGAAGGGGGAAGAAGAUGCUGUCAUGUCCACUGCUGUUGGGAAAGCCAAGGACAAAGGAUUGCUGGCAGCUAGCCCCACAAUGCCACAGUCUUCUGGGAGAAAACACUGCCUUGCUGACGCUUCAACUUUGAACUUUUCCUGGCCUCAAAACCCUGAGCCAAUAAAUUCUUGUUGUUUAACUCAA